AUGGCGACGGGCCACCUCCGUGCCUUCCUGGUUUUCGUCCUCGUGCAGGUCUGCCUGUUCCUGAUGAUGGCCGCAUCGGCGAGGGUGCAGGCCAGGCCUAUAGGCGUGGCCGGUAUUCCCCAGUGCUGCCUCUACCACCCCGAGUGCUGCCAGCGCCUGACGGCGGAAGCCCGGCGCCCCGCCGCCGUUCUUUUCUGA